UGAUCCAUAGAAAAAGAGUAAAACUGUGGGUUGGGCUAAUUGAUUGAAGAAAGCGCGUGAUCUGAUCUAUAUAUAGUACUCCACCACUGUCGGUGUCUGCAUGUGCAUCACCACCCAAAUCUCGCUUUAACUAAAUUUUUCUCCGUUCAAGUCCAACCCACACUGCUGCUAUUAUCUCAAUUCGCAUUUGGGUGAUAUUGGGGAUGAAAAAGAUUGGAUUUUUGUUCUUGUUUGUCGGUGUUCACGUCUAGAGUCAAGCACAUCGAGAAAUGAGUUUGAGCAAUGGCAAAAGUGAAGCACCAAUAGCCCGAAGUGACGGGGUAGAUGGUGAGAUUGUGAACAAUGAGAGCAAGGUAUUCAAGAUCUUCGUUGGGUAUGACCCGAGUGAAGAUCUUGCCUUUGAGGUAUGUCGGCACUCCAUCUUGAAAAGGUCUUCAAUUCCCGUUGAGAUCAUACCGAUAAAGCAGUCAGAUCUGAGAAAGAGGGGUUUGUAUUGGCGUGAGAGGGGUCAGUUUGAGAGUACCGAGUUUUCCUUUUCUAGAUUCUUGACACCUUGCCUUGCCAAUUAUCAAGGUUGGGCGAUGUUUGUGGAUUGUGAUUUUCUCUACUUGGCUGAUAUCAAGGAACUGAGAGAUUUGAUUGAGGACAAGUAUGCUAUCAUGUGUGUUCAGCAUGAUUAUGCUCCAAAGGAGACUACUAAGAUGGAUGGAGCAGUGCAAACUGUGUACCCCAGAAAGAAUUGGUCUUCAAUGGUUCUUUAUAACUGUGGUCAUCCAAAGAACCGUGUUCUCACUCCUGAGACUGUCAACACACAGACUGGUGCUUUUCUUCACAGGUUUCAAUGGCUGGAGGAUGAUGAAAUUGGAUCCAUUCCUUUUGUUUGGAAUUUUCUUGAGGGACAUAACAAGGUUGUUGAGAACGAUCCUCUUACUUUGCCCAAGGCCAUCCAUUAUACUCGUGGAGGACCAUGGUUUGAAGCUUGGAAAAACUGUGAAUUUGCUGAUCUAUGGGUCAGUGAAAUGGAAGAUUACCGCAAGCAAGUUAAGAAAGAAUCUGCCAAUUAGAGUCAAUCAAUCAGCUUAAUCUUGUUAUUUAUUGAGAAUCAGUUAUAGUGAUGUAUUAUUCUUUUAUGUCAUUCGUUCUGAAAAAUCUGAAUCUGGUGAUUCAUGUUAUGAGAGCAGGAGAGUAGUCACUGCUGGUCUAAAACUAGAGUUUAGUGCUAUUCUUUACAGUAUUACACUAUUAUAUUGAUAGCUAUUUAAGAGAAAAUGCUGCUGAUGAUGUAAUUCAUUUUUUAUUUGUUUGAGGAUUUCCCUAGGACUUUAAGGGAGAGGUACAAAAGCACCACUCUGUAUUGAAUAUUUUAAUGUACCACUCUGUAUUGAAUAUUUUAAUGGAGCUUUAGUAGAAGAUUAUAUAUUAAUUAUAUGUUCCAAUAUAGGUAUCAGCUUCUGCUUAGGCUGUAAAACUUCUUCCCAAUCUAGAGAGACUAUGAUUUCAUUGCUUGUAUUGGUGUAAAAAGUGUAGUAUCAUUGUAACUACACAAGAAUACCAUUAUUCAUUACUAAUAUAUUGCAAGACUUGCUUGGUUUCAAACUGUU